AUGUCGACGAACAUACCUCCUGCCAGCCCUGCAGGGACAAGGAGUGCGAGCACAGGACCAAAUGGCCCACUGCCAACACCAACGACAGCAGCAGUGGUCAAUGGUGUUGGACCCGUCGCUGGCACAUCUAACACGACGGCCAGUACAACAAGUACAAACCCUCCAUUGACGCAGCAAAAUCUCAACCAAAUUGUGAUAGACUAUCUCAACAAAAAAGGUUAUACCAGAGCAGAAGCCGUUCUUCGAGCAGAGUCCUCGAAUCAGGCAAUACCUGCCGAUGCGGAACCGCGACCAAAAGAUACUGGUCCUCCAAAAUAUCUGGAAGCAUAUGCUCGCCUAGAUCAGUGGACUAGAGAUGCAUUGGAGCUUUACAAACCAGAAGUGCAAAAAUUAUUAUGGCCAUUCUUCGUCUACUUUUUCCUUAAUCUAGUCGACCAAUUCUAUACCAAAGAGGCUCGUGCAUUCUGGAACAAGUAUCAAGAACAAUUCAAGUCAGUUCACGAACAUGAUCUACGCAGACUUGAGCACACAUUACUUCCUGAGCAUCAGGAAGACAGCAGUAUUGCAAGGAUAUACAAACAGAAUCGAUAUCGGUUACCGAUCACGCAUGCCAGUUUUCAAUAUCUCAUGCAAUUCCUGGAAAGUCUGCAGACAUCAUGGUACAAACUAUUCAUCCAAGUCAUCGAGAAACACAUGGAUAUUCGACAGAUGGCUCGAGCAGCGGAUGAUAAAUUCUCGUUUGAAGCCAUCCUACGUCGUGAUCAAGAAGACCAAGUAGUCGAGGAUGAAGGUAUACCCGGUCACAAAGCUGGAAGUGCUAUCAUCUCGACGGACCCUAAGGAGGGUAAUAGUCUGGCUAAUCUGAAGCUUGGUAAAUUACCUAUGGAACCAGAACUGGAAGAAGAUCUAAGAGGGGACCUGAAAGAACUCGAUCUUCAAGAUCCAGCAGCUGAACCUUCACUUCUUGACAUCCACGGGAAAGUCAACAUCAAGCAGGAGGAUGAAGACGAAGGACCAAACCGAACCGAAAUCCCUUACCCAAUCUCCACGGCUCGAGAUGUAGCCAUGGAAGUGCAGAAAAUCCGGGAAAAUCGAGAUCGUCUCAAACUUGAAGGUAGAACUGGUGGAGUUGGACCUGGUCUAAGUUGUGUCAUGUACACCUUUCACAACACCAAAGACCAUAUCACAUGCCUCGAAUUUUCUGGCGACAAUAGUCUUGUUGCAGCAGGUACCGACAUGUCAUAUAUCAGAAUAUGGUCAAUGGAAGGAACUCAAAUUGGUGUUGAUGGUACAGGUAAGCCUGUGAACUCAAAACGCUUAAUUGGCCAUGCAGGACCUGUCUAUGGCCUAUCUUUCGCACCUUCAACCGUACAACCACCACAUCAGCAAGCUGAGACAAGACCACAAUGGUUACUGUCUUCAUCCGCAGAUGGCACUAUUCGCCUAUGGAACUUGACUAUGUGGCAAUGCAUGGUCGUUUACAGAGGUCAUGUCGGACCAGUCUGGGAUGUCAAAUUCUCUCCCUUGGGUACUUAUUUUGUGUCUUCAGGUAUGGACAAGACCGCUCGACUUUGGAUCACAAGCAAAGUCUCGCCUCGAAGAUUCUUCGUUGGUCACGAUGAGGAUGUUGAUGUUGUCGCAUGGCAUCCUAAUACAGCCUACGUCUUCACUGCUAGCUGCGACAAAACUGUGCGCAUGUGGUCAGUCGCAAGUGGCCAAGCUGUACGAAUGUUCACAGGUCAUACUUCACCAAUCACUGCUCUAGCUUGCAGUAGAAAUGGUAAAUUACUGGCCAGUGCUGAUGAAGGGGGCAAUAUCUUACUGUGGGAUCUGGGGCCUGGAAAACUACUCAAACAACUAAGAGGACACAGCAAAGGUGGUAUCUGGUCUCUAUCCUGGAGCGUUGAGUCUACUGUCCUUGUAUCCGGAGGAGCUGAUCAAACGGUUAGAGUAUGGGAUGUCAAUCUACCUGCCAAGGAGGGUUCCGUGGCUAAACCAGGUGAUGGAGCGAAGCCAGACGGCACCACUACUAGUAACGCUGUGACAGUAUCGACAGCGAACACGAAGAAGAAAGGAAAAGGUCCUUCUGUAUCGGCCGAUCAGAUCUCAGCCUUUCUUACGAAGAAGACACCUGUAAAGUAUGUGGGCAUGACUAACAUGAAUUUGAUAAUAGCUGGAGGGUCCUUCUUGCCAGAGAACUAUGUCUCAUGA